UUCCCUGCUUGGACUUAACAUUGAAAACAUAAGCAAAAAACAUUGUUAAAGAUUUUCAAUUUACACUAGAUGAAAUCUGAAUUUAUUCAAAUCUGGUAAAUAAAUCCAAUCGAAAAUGAAUCGCGUGCUGGAGGAUGUCAUCCAGAAGAACUCGGCCAAUACGGAGCGAAUAACGGCUGAGAAUACACUGGGCUACGUGGUAUCUGACAACCUAUCAGGCAAUGUGGCUGCCACGUCCUUUGACAACACCAGCGCCCAGGGCAUAGUGAAGCACAUGAAUAUCCUGUUGGCAGGACUUGUGCAGAGCGCCGUCCGUGAUCUGGAUCCAUCGAAUUCGCUCUGUUAUCUGCGUGUACUCACUCGCAAAUUCGAGUAUCUCGUUGCACCCGAGGAGGUGUUUACUAUCACCGUAAUACAAUAAACACACAGUGAAAAGAG